AUGACAUCUUUGCUCAACACUUCCUGCAUCACGUACGCAAUCGUUUGGUUGUCUCCCCACAUCGUAAUCGGAGGAGUAAAGACCCUCGUUCGAGUUCUGCCCGACCACGAUCCUCACAGAUGCGUCGAAAUGGCCCUGGGCGAGCGCUGCUUUUGGAUCCUGGGUAACGAAGACAUCAACAGAGGGGCCAAAGCCAUAGCUGCCAGUUACAUGUCGCCUUUGGCUGUCGUCAUUGACAUGGAGAACAAUGUGGCAGCGAUUCCAGGCUCGGGUGACACCCCGGCCGUUUUCACCCACUCCCUUGAUAUCGGACGAUAUGUCGAUGCGGCACUAGAUCUAGAGAGGUGGGAUCCGUUCUACCGCAUUGUUGGAGACAAAAUUACUUGGAAUCGCUUCGUAGCGGCUGCUCAAGACGCAAAAGGCACGCCGUUUAGAAUCAUUCAUGACAGUGUGGAAGACCUCAAGAAGGGUGAAGCCACAGUUCUUCCCUCGGUGGACAAAUAUCUGCAUCUCAUGUCCGUGCCCAGCAAGACGGUACUGUCUCAAUUUCUUGCCACUUUUGGGCGGCUGUUUGACGAUGGGUCUUUUAACAUAGAGGAGAAAGGGGCGCUGAACAGCAUGUUCUCCGACAUCAAACCUUUGACGAUUCAGCACGCGGUAGAGGCUUCUGUGCAGUCGGAUAGCAUGUAUUAG